CUCUUGUGUAUUGUUUUGCUUUUCAACAGCGUCGCAUGCCCGCCUCUCACAGGUGACGAGCGCUGCAUCCAUCCUGGAAUUUUAAAACUUCCCGAAUGGCUGUAGUCCCGUGAACUUCCCUCAACAUUUUUCGUUUCUCUCAUGUGCGUUUGACGUGCAAACGUCGAUGCUGUUUUUUACUUUGUAGUCUUGAGGUUGCUUUCUCAACACGCAAGUUUACAGUCAACAGCUCUCGAGUUCCUCUACGUAAAUGUUACAAGGUUGUGUUAAAGAUUCUGAAUAAGUUCAGUGCAUCGUCGCAUCGGCUGUACCUUGAAACAGGUAUAUCCUUUCGACGUUACUGUGCCUCCGAUUUGUUGUGACCUCUCUUUCCUCGCCGUGGGCAUCUUGUGCCCACCCGAUUCGCUGAGAUUGUAUUGCUUCCCUCGAGAAUGUUCUCGGGAAGUGGAGGCAGAUGUGUGGACGAGAGCGCCUCGCUGGACGCUCUUUUCUCUGCUGCUCGUCGGCUGCCGCCUUUGACAGUGGAGGAAUGCGCCUUCGACCCAGAAUCCAAAAACUGGGUGCCGCAUGCAGCGGUUCGCAGACUGAAAAAAAAGGAAGCUCAGCAGCUUCGCCAUGUCCGCCUCCUUGUCCAAAAUGCCCCCACGGGUCAGAGCAAGUGUCGCUGUUGCGGCGGAAAGAUCGAGAAGGGCGAGGCACGUCUCGGCUACCCGACGGCAGAUCCGAGAGGCCCUUUUGGGCUUCUCACCUGCUGGCUUCAUCCGCUGUUCAAAUGUUCCAGCGUCAUCCUCGAAGAAGUCCUUCAGACUCAGUUAGAGGAUGGAGACCGAGCUGAGCUGGCCCAGAUCCUCCAGAAAGCCAGGGAACAACCAGCGAAUGGAGAAGCCCUCAAAGUGGAGAAGGACGAGAAAGACGAGAGCAGUUCAACGCUCCACGUGAAGUCAGAAAACGAAACAAGUGCUGCGUCGACUGCGGAGUCUUCGCCCUCGUUGUCUUUCCCUGCAUGCGCCGUAGUGGCCCCCGUGCACAGCGCGCAUGCAGUCUUGGGGGAGCACCUGGAACUCGCAGCUCUGAUCCACGGCCUUGAGAACCUCGACACGUCUGCUCUCACCCAGCUGAAGGCCACUGUCGGCGCCGUGCUCCACAGUUUGGUUGCGCCUGCAGAGGCAGCGGCCUGGCUGGCGGCCGCGAAGGAGAAAAGAAGAGCAGAAGGAGACGACGAAUUCCCAGAAGGUGGAGACAUUGCAGAUGUCAUGCGAAACCUAGUGAAACGUCAGAUUGAGGGCCGACGCCCCGCGCCUCCCGACCUCCUCCUUCCUCUCUUGCCCUUUCAGGAAGAAGGACUCUGGUGGCUCUGUAGACAGGAACAGUCUGAGGUCCGAGGCGGCAUUUUAGCCGACGAAAUGGGUAUGGGUAAGACGAUUCAGAUCAUUUCCUUGAUUCUCGCAAGGCCGUUUCCGCCUCUGCCGCGCGCUCUGCGCCCCGAGGACUCAUCUCGGGAGCGGAGCUCGCUGCCGCGCGUCGGCCAGACGCUGGUGGUCACGCCGUUGGCUGCCCUAUUGCAGUGGAAAGGCGAACUGGAGAAGUUCGUCAGACCCGGCCGGCUCUCCGUCCUCGUGUACCACGGGCCCUUUCGCCAGGCACUGAAGUCGGAACUCGAGAAGCAUGAUGUUGUCUUGACCACGUACUCGACUCUCGAACAGGACUUCAGAAGAGAAACCAACAAGCACAAGGUGCUCUGUAAGUACUGCGGCCGCCUGUUUCUCCCCGACAAGCUCGCGAUUCACCAGCGUUACUUUUGUGGACCGGAAGCAGUGCGGACGGCGAAGCAGCGUUUGACGACGCGAAAGCGGGGGACAGAAAAGGCUAUGAAGACGCUUCAAAUUACUACUGCCAACGCUCCCAUCGUCGUGGAAGAGGAGAGCGACGACGAGGCGGUCAGCCAAGAGCAGACGCGGAAGCGGAAGCUGAGUGGGCGACAGGCCGAGAACUCGACUGAAAAUGCCGCUGAAGGGAAAACGGGGAGCGUAGAUUCUUCUUCUUCCUCUGUUGCUUCGUCAUCGGCCUCUUUCUUGCCCACGCCUUCAAACGUGAUGAAGGAGUUGAUGGCUGAGGCGAAUCGCGACCUCCGAGACAUGAGGCCUUCCUGGGUGUUUCCGAAGCCUCUUCGCUUCGCGCGCCGCACCCCAUUUUCUCCCUUCUGUGCUCACGAGAAGACCGGCGAUGCUGAUGAGAAGCCGAAGUCGACAGAGACGCGAGAGCGGACCCGGACCGAUGGGGAAGUCGAUCUGGGCGGCGAUUUGUCUGAAGAUGAGGUCGAGAUCAGGCGCGCCGUCCGUACCCUGCUCGAUAUGGGAUAUGACCGGGACCGCGCUCUUGCCGCGGCCUUGUCUUGUCAGGGGAGCAUCGAAGACGCCGUCCAGCUUUUGGCGGAAGACAGAGUAGAGAGCGAGAGCAGUGAACCAGACUGCGACGAAGCGAAUAAGACGGCCGAGCGCGAAAGAGCUCGCAGACUCCGGCAGGAUCUGAAAGUCAGCAGAACCGACUUGCCGCGACAGAAACUUCCAGUGCUGCAGGUGCUCCUCAGACGCUGCGGCCUCCCCACCAGCGGCACCAAGCAGCAGUUGGUCACCCGCUUAACUCGCUUUCUCUUUCAAGACGGCGAGAAAGAAGAAGAGGAGGCUAGCGCUGGUGGGCCGAAUGCAAGGGCGCGGAGGGGAAGAGCAAAGAAGGAAGGCAAGAAGGGGGAGAAAAGCAGGACGCGAAGAAGCGAACUAGAAGCGAAAAAGGCAGGAGACUCGGAGAGCGAGGGCAGCGCACGCAGCGCGCGACCCAGGCGGUCAAGCCGGCUCCGAGAAGUGGCCGAAGCUGCCGAGAAGGUGCAGCCGACGGUGAACGGGAGCUCUGCAGGCUCGGAUGUGACCUCACGCAACACCGUCGUGAAGAGGGAACUGACGGGUGGAAGGCGGAGCGCGCCAAGGAAGGAGAAAUGCGACGCGAAAGGUGUUUCUCGUGGGUCAAAGAGCGCGUCGAAGACUCCCAGUCGAGCCUUUGUGGCGACGAAGUCCGGGAAGAAAGGAAAGCAGUGCAGCUCGUCCAAGGCGGCGAGGAGGAAGGCAGACCACGACGAGUGGACUGAGUCAUCUCCUUCUUCAUCUGACGAAGACUACGAAGAGGAAACCGAGUCCUCGAUCCUCAGCUCCGAAGAAGCAGAGGAGGCUUCUGAGGCCUCAGAAGCCUCCGAAUCCGAGAUGUCGGACGCGGCCGGCGCUCCACCCCAAAGGCAGCGCCGGAGGACCGGCGCGGCGCCGGCUCCUCUGCCUGGCGCUGUGCAUCCGUCGUCAGCCACCGAGGAAAUCAAGCUGGCCGGAGGUCUUGUGGACGAAGAGGAGGACGAGAACGACGCGGCGGUGAAGCAGCUUGUGCGCAAGUCCGUUCUCCACAACGUCAUCUGGCAGCGCCUUGUCCUGGAUGAGGCCCACCGAAUCAAAUCGCGGAACAGCAGCACGGCCCAGGCCGUGUUGGCCCUCCGCACGGCGACCAUGGUCUGCAGCCGGGGGGGCGGAGGCCGAGAAGAGAAUGCGGAAGGAGACGCGACUCCCGAGAGCAGGGCAGGAGCCCCGGAGCAAGAGGCAGACGGAGACGUUCGGGCAAAGAGGAGAAAAACGGAGAGGGACUGUGCGAAGGAGGCGGAGGGAGAGGCGAAGCCCCACCUGGGUCCAGCGAAGGAAGGCGAGAAGGAGACGUCAGACGCGAGUCCGUCUGAGGCGUCUACGAAUCUGGCACUUUGUGACGCACGAAACAAAAGCGGAAAAGCGCAUGCGAGCGAAGAACUCGCUUGGGAACUGAAAGUCGGCGGCAGCCGAUGGUGUCUCACGGGCACGCCUCUCCAGAACCGAAUUGGCGAGCUCUUCAGUCUUGUCAAGUUCCUCAGAGUCUACCCCUACGCCUACUACUUCUGCAAGAGGCCUGGGUGCACCUGCAGGUCGCUCCACUUCCGCUUCCACGAGGGCAAACACUGCGUGAAAUGUGGCCACACGCGCAUGAGCCACUUUUCUCUCUUCAACCAGAAAGUCAUAAACCCCAUCAAGCGUUGCGGGUACGAGAAUGACGGUGUCGUGGCGCUGAAGAUCCUCAAGAGAGACGUUCUGGAUACAAUUAUGCUGCGGCGGACGAAGGUGGAACGCGCUGCGGAUGUAAAGCUCCCGCCCUUGAUUGUCCGCAUUCGUCGCGACGCACUGUCGCCUGAGGAACGUGAUUUUUACGAGUCCCUUUUCAAGCAAACUGCCAUUCAAUUUGAUGCGUAUGUGGAAGCCGGAACCGUCCUCCACAACUUCGCGCACAUCUUUGACUUGCUGAGUCGCCUCCGUCAAGCGGUGGACCAUCCGUAUCUGCUUGUUCACGGCUCGCUCCAGCCUCUUGACGGGGCUUCCCUUCUUCCGACGGCGUCGCGAAAAGAGCAGCCGACCGGCGUCUGUGCCUUGUGUCAAGACGACGCGUUGCACACGGAGCAUCUCACGGAAGCGAGCUGCGGCCACGUGUUUCAUCGCGGAUGCUUGUGGGAAUAUGUUCAGUCGGUGCCGGUGGGUCCCGGUGCCGAAGGCACGUCAGAGGCGCUCGCAGAGAAGAAAGAAGUUUUGGGGUGUCCGGCCUGCUACACACCCCUGACAGUCGACCUGUCUUCCCUGGAGAGGCAAGUGAACAACGCAGGAGAAGACGACGGCGAGUGUGAGAGGCGAGGGCGAAAGGGAGGACGCGGCAAAAACGGUGGCAACGAAGACGAGCAAGAAGACGAGAAGGACGAGGCUGAGUUGGAUGAGGUCCUGGAGAAGGACGAGAGGCGCCGGGAAAAUCAGAGCGGGGGGCGCGACUGUGAAGGGGAAAAUUCGUUGUCGCGUCAGAAUGGAGAGUCGCAGUCCAUUUCCGAUCUUUCGCGACUCCUUCAGCAGGCGGGAAAACGAGGCCCUGAUGGCAUCAUGCAGAAAAUCAAAGCAAGCGAGUUCCGGAGCAGCACUAAGAUCGAGGCAUUGUAUCAGGAACUUCUUGAAAUCGAGAGGGAGGAUACCACUGUGAAAAGUCUCGUCUUCUCUCAGUUUUGUUCCAUGUUGGAUCUCAUCGAAUGGCGUCUCAAAAAAGGCGGCAUUCACUGCGCGAAGAUGGUGGGGUCGAUGUCGAUUGUUUCACGGUCGAACGUGCUCUAUGCGUUCAACAACGAUCCGUCAUUGAAAGUUCUUCUGAUUUCUCUCAAAGCCGGAGGAGAGGGUCUCAACCUGCAAAUAGCGAGUCGAAUUUUUUUGAUGGAUCCCUGGUGGAAUCCUGCAGCCGAGAUGCAGGCGAUUCAAAGGGCCCACCGUAUAGGGCAGCGCCACAAAGAGGUCAUUGCCAUUCGCUUCAUUGCGGAAAAAACGAUCGAAGAGAGAAUUCUGCAACUUCAGGAAAAGAAGCAAUUGGUCUUUGACGGCACCGUCGGCGCCUGCGACCACGCAAUGACCAAACUGACUCAGGACGACCUCCGGUUCCUGUUUCAAAAUUGAAGCACGCAUUUUGAGUCCCAUCUGCGUUACAGAGACGUGAGGAUUGCGUGCCUGCGCAGGUGCCUUCUACGAAGGGAAGCUGUAUCUCAUUAGUGGUUUUUAGAAAGACUACUUUGCGCCGCGUAGUAGUGUACCAAACCACUGAUGUGGCUGAUACUUUUGAUGAUGGGUUAGCGAGGCAGGUCGGUGGUGCGGCAUGAAACUGUAUUUCAUGGCCGUCGUCUGCAGUGUUUCGUAUCUGCGUUAAACUUGUCACAUCGUAUACGAGUACGAAUCAUCCGCCUGGUGCUGACACCGGCAUCUUGACCUGUCACAACCCUAACUGACAGGUGUCAAGGAAUUCUGCCAUGUGUUGGCUUCUUGAACUGUACAUUUCUGAAAUGGGGCGUGCGUAUGUCUUCACACUUCCGUGCGAAUUGCCGAGUGUGGAAUCGAGCUUCGUUAGACAUUCGUUGGUGUUGUGUCUGGUGACAGUUUCUUUGUAAUGUUGGGAACGUCCUGCGGUUCUCGAUUCUUUUUAUCGCCCUUCUACGGACAAACGCUUGUGCGUCGAUAGUUGCCGUUAUGGUACCCUGCGUUCCCCGUCUUCAGAAGCAGGAGUUUUAUGCACAUUGCGCAGCUGCAGCUUUGAUAUCCGUCGAAUUCCCCGGCACUUCCCCGUGUGCCUCCUUUCUCGGAGGGUUUCUGCUUUGAGCGACGAAACCAACUUAGGCUUCAUCAGCGAGUCUCUUGUUUGUGACCUUUUCUUGUCAGUGGCUCGACUCGGCAUCCUACACCUGGUGCACAGCUUGUGCCGGAACAUCGACGCACCUCGUCCUAGAAGAAAAUCGUGCUGCUUGCACUCGCCACCAAGUGCUAUCUGCCAUUCUCAGCAAUGAAGCACAACGUAACUUUAUGUGGCCAGCACUCUUUAUUCGGAGGGAACACCAUUGCAGACGCUGCUAAUGGAUAUGUAUCAAUAUGGUGGCAGAAGGGCGAACUACAUUACUGAAAAAAUCUCCACUUCUGCGUCCCUAGAGCAGGUCGUUGUGUUUGCUAUUUUUUGC